CUGACACGUAACCCCAAACACUGUCAAGUGCUAUUGGAUGAAGUGGAUAAAUUCUGUGAGUGGACGGAUGGAUUGAGGACAAAACCCAGUAAAUGUCAUUGUCUGUGUCUUGGUAGGCGGAAUACAAGAUACACCUCAUACGAUCCGGGACUAUCGUUAGGCGGUCAAUGCAUUUCUACGGUUACGGAAAAUGCACCAUUUAAAUUUCUCGGUCGUAAGAUUGAUAAUAUAGGCCGUACUCCAUCUUUAGAAGGAAUAGUAGAUAGCUUUUUGAACGAUCUUAACAAGUUAGAUGCAGGCGUCAUAAAGAUGUUGAAGUUGUGGCUCGGGCUCGCUCUAACGGCUGAUUCAUCGGCGUUAUUUAGGGGAAGCAAUAGUUUUGGGAUGAGUCUAAAAAGGCCAUCGGAGCUCUAUAAACACCUCAGAGUUUCCAAGAGAUAUAUCCUGGGGAAAUCCCAUUAUGACAUAGUGACUUCGCUCCCAAAAGAUGAAGAUGCCCCUGAGCUAGAGUCACGACUUCAAUUCCAUAAGCAAUUUAUGAUAGGAGCACAAAGUAACAGAGCGGGGUUAGGAUCAAAUAGGAAAGUCCAAGAUGCGGAUAUAUUGAAGUCUUUUAUUCGGCAAGACGAGAAUGAUAAAUAUAAGAUCCAUGCAAUGAAUUUAGAAAUGCAGAACGAGUGGUUAGACAUAGGAGAUUUUUGCAUCCCAUUAGCAUUAAAAUGGCGCACUUUAAUUUAUGAUUGGUCGCCAGCAUUGCUAAAAUUCUAUCUCAAUGCGUUCCAGAUGACUCUCCUAGAUCAGAGUAAUUUAGCAGUUGGAACUGCUAAGCAUCUGCUGGUGGGAUGUAAGGUACUCCUGGACAGCGGUCAAUACUCGCGUCGUCACGAUAGGGUUCUAGAAGUCAUACGUGUAGCGGUUAGUGUUUCGGUAGCCAGAGCGCAAAAGGAAAUAACCACAAACGAACGAUCAGUAGGUUUUGUGAGAGAAGGCACUAGGGCUACAAAAUCAAACGUCAAGCCUUACUCCAUCCAUAAAGCGGCGUCGGAUUGGACUAUAAUGAUGGACACGUAUGAAAAGCAAUAUAAAAUCCCCUAG